AUGGCUGAGGUCAGAGGUCAGCGGUGCACCAAGUUCAGGGUCACCCCCACCUCUGCACCCCCUGCAGUGACACCAAGCCAAGAAGGAGACAACCUGAGGCCGGGGCCUGCUGGGGCAGCCCGUAUCCUCUCAGCUCUCUCUGACCUGCCCCGCCCAGCCUGGCCGCCGCUAAUGCUGCAGAUAAUUCCUGCUGUCGCAAAGCCAUUACACUGCAAAUGGGCCUCCACGCUGCAGCCCAUGUGUGCAUGCGUGCAUCUCCUCUCCUCCAAGUCCCUGGUCUCCUGCCAUGGGUCAUCACAGCUGGACCUGCAGUUGGUACACAAAUCACAGCACACCCCUCCCCGACGUGCUCUGCUCUGCACAGCCAGGUGUCCCAAAGGACACCUCGUGGGCAUCCUGGCAGCGCUGGCCCGUGGUCGGCCCAUGAGCAUCAGUGCACCUGCCUCCCAGCACCCUGCAAGGCCUCAAGUCUCCCUCCUCAGGGACCCACCUGAGCCAGGGCAGUGUGGCGAACAGCGUCCGCGUGCCGCCAAUGUGACGCGGGCCCACGGUCACACGGUGGAAGGCAGCGCGGCGCAGCGGGGGGCCUGGCCGUGGCUAGUGAGGCUGUAGCUUGGCGGGCAGCCUCUGUGCAGCUGCGUCCUGGAGGAGGCGUCCUGGGUGCUGAGAGCCGCGCACUGCUCGUCGACCCCGAACGAGCUUCUGCGGACAGUGACGCUGGCCGAGAGACCCGAGGGCGAGAAGGCGGAGGAGGUGCUGCGCGCCCCGUAUGCCUGCCUCCUUCCCCCCACCCCCCACCCUCCACCCCGACGCCUAGGGAGCCCCCUGCUGGCACCGCCUGAGCCAUUGCGGUUUGGGGGACUCUUUGAAGACGGGCUACAGUCUAGGGCAGUGAGGAAGGCCGGUCCUCUGCUCAGCACAGACUUCUACCAAAGUGCCCUAGGACCCGGGCUGCACCCCAGCCGUAUGCUCUGUGUCAGCUACCUGGUGGGGUUCAUCAACUCGUUCCAGGUCCUUAACGGAGUCACCUCCUGGGGGCCGGGGAAGCUUGGGGUCUACAUCCUCGUGGCCGUGUUUAGAAACUGUCUCCAGGAACACAUGAAUGCGGCCCUCUCCAGCCACGAGCCAAGCUGCAGGGAGCUUUUAGCCCGGGACCUGCCAGACCAGGAGCUAACAGUUGCAGCCGCGGCUUGCGCCUUUUACGAGCGCCUUUGUGCGGGCUCCCUGGGCGCCUGUGGGCACUGGGCGUACCAACAGUGCCUGCAGCGCCGGCGGCGGUGCGAGUUGCGCUCGCUGGCGCACACCUUGCUGGGCCUGCUGCGGGGCACCCAGGAACUGAUCGGUCCGCGCCCGGGGCUGAGGCGCCUGACCCCAGCCCACCCCGCGCCGUCGCUCCGGGAGCUGCUAGGGCACCUUGCCCUCGAGCAACGGCUGCACCCAGGUACUCCGUUUCCUAAGAGUCCAGCCUGGCUCAGUCCUGGGCAGCAGAGCUACUUUCUAACCUUGCGCCUCGGUAGAAUCGCGGGCUGCCGGCGCCCGCUGAUUGAAGUGGGGACCAGAAAAGAGCCGGGGAAUCAACUGUAA